AUGUCCGGGGGGAUCCGCCAGGAAAUCGUUUGGCACCACUGGCUGCGGGCGGGCACCUUCGCGAACACCCCGAAGACGCGGCUGGAGCGCUACCUGGUCUUCAGCCGCGCCUCGCAGGAGCUCUUCGCCCGGGGCAUGAACUUCGGGGUGGUGAACGCCUAUGACCUGGGCAAGUGUACUGGGCCCUACAAGUGCGAGAACCUGCAGGAGUACGGGCCAGUGGUGGGUUGUGAAUCCUGGGACCCCGAGAUGAACAACAACUUCCCGCAUGGCCAGUGGGUGGGCAAGAACGUCUAUCCCAAGGCCGCGUGGUACAGCCUGCCGGGGAAGUGUAGCUCCAAGAAGUUUUGGGACCAGCAGGGAGACUGCGUGAACAACGAGCCUUCUGGAGCCUGCCCUCUCGGUGUGGUGCCUACAGGUGAAUGGACCUGCACCUACACCUACCAGAAGGUCGGCGAGCUGAAGAUCAGCGAGAUCGAGAACAUCACAAGCUUCGAGACUCUCAUUGAGGGUGGAGGUCGCGAGUACGACAAGAAAACGGACAAGGGGGUGCACCUGCACUUCUGGGCAUCUCGAAUCGAAGAGGUGAAAGAGGGGAGGGAGGGGGGUGCGUUGCUUUCUGAGGCUAGGCCCCCCAGUAGUGCCCUUCUUAACCCCUUUUUUGGUGGGGAGGGUUCCCCUACUAAAAUAGACUACAGAAAAAAGGAUACCCUUAUUCUAACCUCUCUACUGGAGGACCUAGGAGGCGCUGAAUGUUGGCAGACCAGGGAUUUUUGCGGCCAACGGAGGCGAACCUAG